AUGGCCAAGCGCCCAAGCAACCUCGCAAGCACUUCCCCGCACGCUUUUGCCGCCCAGGCCCCGGACCCUUGCGGCUCCAACGGCACGCCACCGUGGAUUGCUGCAACACAAACAAGAAUAAAAGGCCUCCUCUUCUUUGUGUGUGCCAUGGCCCAUAGCCGGCACACUGCAUACGCACGAGAGCAUCCACCCGCCCACGCGCCGCUCCACGGCGUGCGUGCGAGCGAUCCGCGAGGCAAUCUCUUUUCGCAGUCGAUCCUCCACACCGCACUCCUUUCGCCGGCCAACGCCAUCGAGCCACAUUCAAUCUAUUCCGACUGCCCACGGAGGGAGAUGCGUACGGAUCGCCGGCCGCUAUCCCAUCCCGCCUCCAUGUUUGGACUUUUUGGCUUGCCAUCCCUCAAGCCUCCCGAUCCCGUGGCGCUGGCUCGUCGUACCCUUUAUUUUCUGGCCUGUCCUGCCCUGCGUGAUUGUAGAUGGUGA